CAUGAUGCCUUUGUCUCCCAAUGUUUGAGGCGGACCUCCUUCGCACAUAAGGGGAGGAUCCCUCAUCCAGACAAAAUGAGUUCUUUGUUGGAACGACUGCAUUCUAAAUACAGUCAGAAUCGGCCAUGGCCCGAAACCAUCAAACUAGUGCGGCAAAUAAUGGAGAAACGGACUGGAAUGAUGUCUGGCAGCCACCAGCACCUUGUCAGUUGUUUGGAGACUCUGCAGAAAGCUUUGAAAGUGUCUUCCCUGUCUGCCAUGACUGAUCGUCUGGAGUCAAUAGCAAGACAGAAUGGCCUUACAUCCCACCUUAGUCCAAAUGGCACAGAGUGUUAUAUCACCACAGAUAUGUUCUACCUUGAAGUUCUUUUGGAUACAGAAGGACAACUGUGUGAUGUCAAGGUGGCGCACCACAGAGAGAACCCAGUGAGCUGUCCAGAGCUGGUUGAGCAACUAAGGGAGAAGAACUUUGAGGAUUUCUCACAGCAUCUGAAAGGCCUGGUGAACCUGUACAAGGUGCCAGGGGAUAACAAAUUGGAGACAAAAAUGUAUCUUGCUCUACAGUCUUUAGAACUUGACCUCACAAAGAUGGCUGCCAUGUACUGGCAGGCCACCAAUGCAUCUGUGCUAGAAAAAAUACUUCAUGGUACGGUUGGGUACCUGACCCCAAGGAGUGGAGGCCAGGUCAUGAGCCUGAAGUAUUACGUCUCUCCAUAUGAUUUGUUUGAUGACACCACGGGGGCGAGCAUAUCUCUGAGCGAAGGACAUGCAGUUCCUCGCUCGCUGGGAAUGAAUGUGUCUGUAACCAUAGAGGCCACCUCCGCCAUGUACAAGCUGCCUAUCGCCCCGCUCAUUAUGGGCUCCCAUCCUAUUGAUAACAAAGGGACCCCGUCGUUUACUUCCAUAACAAACGCCAACAGUGUGGACCUCCCUGCUUGCUUCUUUCUCAAGUUUCCGCAACCAAUUCCAGUUUCCAGAGCAUUUAUCCAAAAAAUUCAGCAUUGUACUGGUAUCUCACUGAUUGAUGGUUCCCAUACUUUCCUGCCUCAUUAUGAGCUGGUCACCCAGUUUGAGUUGGCCAAAGAAAAGGAACCUGGAACAUUAAACCACAACAUGCGAUUUUAUGCGUCUCUGCCUGGGCAGCAGCAUUGCUAUUUUGUCAAUAAAGAUGCCCCUCUCCCUGAUGGGAGAUCUCUGCAGGGAACACUACUGAGUAAGAUUCCAUUCCAACACCCUGGUCGGGUUCCCAUCAUCCUUAGCCUGAUCCGGCACCAGGUAGCUUGCAACACAUUGAUUGGGAGUUGUGUUAAGCGCACCAUGCUGAAGGAGGACUGCCCUGGGCUUUUGCAGUUUGAAGUGGCUCCCCUCUCAGACUCCUGCUUCAGCAUCUCCUUCCAGCAUCCAGUCAAUGACUCUUUAGUUUGUGUUGUGAUGGAUGUGCAGGAUUCCACUCAUGUGUCUUGCAAACUUUACAAGGGUCUCUCUGAUGCGCUCAUCUGUACAGACGACUUUAUUACCAAAGUGGUACAGAGGUGCAUGUCGAUCCCUGUGACAAUGAGAGCCAUUCGUAGGAAGGCAGAGACUAUACAGGCUGAUACGCCAGCCCUUUCUCUCAUUGCUGAGACUGUGGAGGACAUGGUAAAGAAGAAUCUGCCUCCAGCCAGUAGUCCUGGUUACGGAAUGGCUUCUGGCUCUACUGCACUUAGUGGUAUAACUACCCCAACCAGCUCAUAUACAUCGGGGCAAAUUUCUUCCCUAUUCAACAUGGGGAUAAAGGAGCGACAUGACUCAGCGGGUCACGGAGAUGACUUUAGCAAAGUUACUCAAAAUCCCAUACUCACCAGUCUUUUGCAAAUCACAAGCAACAGCGGUGGCACGCUGGGUUCAAGUCCCACACCUCCCCAGCACACACCACCUCCAGCCUCUUCUCCAGCAAGUAAUACCAAGAACCACCCCAUGUUGAUGAAUUUGCUGAAAGACAACCCAGCACAAGACUUUUCCACCUUGUAUGGCGGUAGUCCACUGGAGAGACAAAAUUCCUCAGGAUCGCCUCGUACAGAGCUUGGUUCUUCUGCGUCUGGGAAACCCAAGAAAAAGAGGCCCAGGACAGGCACAGAAAAGAUGAAGAACCAGACGGAGGAUGACUUUCAGAGGGAGCUCUUCUCCAUGGACGUGGACUCUCAGAACACAAUAUUUGAUGUUGGCAUGGCAGGUGAUGCUCUAGACACCCCUCACAUCACACCAGCACCAAGCCAGUGUGGCACACCACCUAAUGUGUACCAGCAGGCUAUACCCCACACUCAGGCUAACAUGCAGAGGAUGGUGAGGAUCCCUAGCACAGAUGCCAUUAUCCCUGAUGUCACAGAUAUCCUCUCAGACAUUGCAGAGGAGGCCUCCAAGCUGCCUGGACCUGGUGAAGAUUGUCCAAACCUUGGAACUCCUGUGAGGGAUUCCUCCAGCUCAGGACAUUCUCAGAGCACCCUUUUUGACACUGAUGUGUUCCAAGUGGAUGGAGGUGGUGGCAGCGGAGGAGAAAAUCCAUACCCAGAUCCAGUCGAUCUCAUUGUAGACUCACAUGGGAGUCCAAACAGUGACUCCCCGAACACCUUUUUUAACAGCGUAGACUUUAACCCCGACUUGCUAAAUAGUCAGAGCCAGAGUGGUUUUACAGAUGACUUAAAUGACGACAGCAGCCAGAGUGGGGAUAAUGAUUUUAAAGACUUUGCUGGGCCAGGGCUGGCCUCUUUGGGUAUUGUCUCAGGGCUUCCAGUUGAUGGGGGAGAUGGCAAAUACAAAAUGGCUUUAGGAGCGGAUACAGUGGACUUCAGCAUUAUUGCUGGCGGAGGUAGUAAGAAUCUAGGUGGCCCAGAUAUUCAGGAAACACAGAGCAGGAGCCAGAGCCCACUGCUUGGUAGUGACCUGGGAAAAGAUAGGCCACAAAAGCAAAAGGUAAAGGAAAGUGGCAAUGGUGGAGGAGCAGGGGGAGGAUUAAGUGGGAUGCAAAGUGCUGGGAUGGAAGGGAAGUCUAUGAAACGCAGUCGCACCCCUUCAAGUGAUGGGAAGAGCAAGGAUAAGCCACCAAAGCGCAAAAAGACAGAAUCGGAUGGUAAGUCACCAUCACAUAUAACUAACCGGCCUUUCACCCCACCUACCAGUACAGGAGGCUCUAAGUCUCCAGGAACCUCUGGAAGAUCACAGACUCCUCCUGGUAUGGCCACUCCUCCAAUACCCAAAAUAACCAUCCAGAUUCCGAAGGGUACAAUGAGUGUUGGGAAGCCAUCUUCUCAUAGUCAGUAUAGCAGCAGUGGGUCAAGUAGUUCAUCAAGUAGUAAAAGCCACCAUGGCCAUUCUUCAUUGUCAUCCUCAGCCUCUGGGAAGAUUAAAAGCAACAAGUCUGAUGGGUCUUCUGGAAUGAAAAUUGGGAGCAGUGGAGGAGGAAUGUACUCUGGCCAAAGCGGGCAAUCAAACAGCCAAUCAAAAAAUAGUUCUCAGUCUAUGGGGAAGGCAGGUUCUUCACCCAUUACUAAGCAUGGUCUUAGUAGCAAUGUCAACAACUCUAGUGGAAGUAAAACUAAACCGCAAGGGAAGCCUUCAGUAUUAAUGAACCCUUCCUUAAGUAAGCCGAACAUCUCCCCCUCACAUUCCAGGCCAUCGGGAGGCUCUGAUAAGUUGUCAUCUCCUAUGAAACCCAUGCCAGGGACUCCCCCAUCCUCUAAAGCUAAGUCCCCAAUUGGUUCUGGAGGUCAACACUUGUCUGGGAGCGGGUCAAACUCCACAACAAAGUCCUCCUCGGGGCUUGUGUCCUCAGGAUCUUUAACACAAAAGCCAAAUUCUUCUUCCUCCUCAUCGUCAUCUUCAUCCUCCUCCUCAUCAUCCUCAUCGUCGUCAUCUUCUUCUUUUUCCAGCGGAGUUUCCCAAAACCUUCAUAGCAGUUCAAAGGGAAAGUCCCCUAGCAGGAACAAAAAACCUUCUUUGACAGCUGUCAUAGACAAGCUGAAACAUGGUGUAGGCACAGGGGGACCUGGUUCUGAAGACCCUAUGGAUGGUGGGGUAGGAGGUGGUAGCACUGGGGCCCCCAGCCAUGGCAUGUCUUCUAAACAUGGAUUGGGUGUAGGUGAGUUUCCAACAAAAAGAGAAAAGGGCGAGAAGGACAAGUCCAAAGGGUCUUCUGGAGGUCCAUCUGACCCUUCCAAAAAAGGAGGAGGGGAUUCUAAGGGCUCUGUGAGCACGGGUGUGGCUAAAAUUAUUAUCAGCAAGCAUGAUGGGGGCUCUCCCAGUAUAAAAGCAAAAGUGACAUUGCAGAAACCAGAAGGCGGUGGGGAAGGCCUUCGAUCCCAGAUGCAAAAAAACUACGGCUCACCGUUAAUUAGCGGUUCUACACCAAAACAUGAACGAUGUUCACCAAGUCAUAACAAGUCCCCAGCGUACACCCCUCAGGCGCUGGACAGCGAGAGCGAGUCUGGCUCCUCGUCCAUUGCAGAGAAGUCGUACCAAAACAGCCCGAGCUCAGACGACGGAGGGGGCAGCGGAAGUAGGGCUCAGACCGAGUAUAGUGCAGAGAAGCACAAAAAGCACAAAAAGGAGAAGAAGAGGCUCAAAGACAAGGACAGGGACAGAGAGAAAAAGAAAUCCUACACCAUGAAGCCAGAGAGUUGGUCCAAGUCCCCUAUUUCUGCUGACCCUACGAUGGCCAUGGGCGGGGGCGCCAUGAUGAGCUCGGACAGAGCUUCCAGGCCAACUCCCAGCUUCCUCAUGGGGGACGAUGACGACUUAAUCGAUGUGCCUCUUACCUUAUAGGCUGAUAGGAAUCCAUCCGCACUGAACGCUGUGAGCUCGGCUUUGUUUGCCCCCCGACAGUCUCUCCCCUAUAUUUUUUACUACGUUGGUCGUAUUCUAAACAUAUUUAAGGUUUUAUUUAAAAAUAA